AUGGCGUCAAAAAAAAAUUUUAAGCGAAAUGAAAAGCAACUGAAUUCGAAGCUAUCAAAAAAUGAUUUGCCAUUUAAAGAGGCAAAAAAUAUCGAGGAUAUCAUAUGUUUUCCUUUACCUGCAAACGAUAAAUAUUUUAAAAAAACCGAUAAAAUAUUCGAAGCUAUUGAUAAGCGAUCAAUUUUAUUAAUACGUGAAAUUGAUGAUCAAGAUUUUCUUGAACGACCAAGUGGAACGAAUGAAGCAGGAAAGAAUAAAAAUAAUGCUAAUCAAAAAUUCAACAGCCGACGUGCAAAUUCCACUGAAACGCAUAAUAAUACUAACCGUGGAUUCAGCAGCCGACGUGCAAAUUCCACUGAAUCGCACAAUAGUGCUAACUGUGGAUUCAGCAGCAGAAGUAUACGUACGAUCGAAUCGCCCGAUGGCGCAAAAUGUGGAUUCAGUGGCCAAAGUUCACGUUCUAUCGAGUCGCCCGAUGGCGUUAAGUGUGGAUUCAGUGGCCGAAGUGUACGUUCUAUCGAAUCGCCCGAUGGUGCUAAGUGUGCACUCAGAAGUGCACGUUCUACGGAAUCGCCCGAUGGUGCAAACUGUGAAUGCAGCGAUCGUAGCACAGAUUCACCCAUAUCAUCACCAUCGUUAUUAUCAUUAUCAACGAGCCAAAUACAUACUUUGAAUGGAUUACCAGAAAGUAAUAUAGAAAAAUGA